UGUCAUAACACUCCCACAUCUUUAAUAUUGUCAGAGAACCGAACUAGUUUUAGUUUGAGUUUGUGUUUAUGUUUGUGUUUGUGUUUGUGUUUGUGCACACAAGAGAGAGAGAAAGAGAGAGACAUGGCCAUGGCUAAAGAGAAAGACGAGGUUCACAACACUGGCAAGCGGUUGAAAUGCAUGAGGAAUCAACAGCAACAAGAAGAUGAAGUUGUUGAAGAGGAAGACACUGAGCUUCCUCUCAAACCAGGAUUGUUCUUCUACCCCACAACCCCCACUUCCUUUGUUGUUUCUGAUGCUCUUGAACCCGAUUUUCCGAUCAUAUAUGUUAACAAGGUCUUCGAAAUCUCCACCGGAUAUCGUGCUGACGAGGCCCUUGGUCGCAACUGUCGGUUCUUACAGUAUAGAGAUCCACGAGCUCAGAGGCGGCACCCUUUGGUGGAUCCUGUUGUUGUGUCUGAGAUUAGAAGAUGUCUUGAGGAAGGUGUUGAGUUCCAAGGCGAGCUUCUGAAUUUCCGAAAGGAUGGUACUCCUUUGGUGAACAGACUGAGGCUUGCACCAAUUCAUGAUGAUGAUGGAACUGUGACACACGUAAUAGGUAUCCAACUCUUUUCUGAGGCAAACAUAGAUCUUAACCGUGUCUCGUAUCCAGUUUUCAAAGAGACUUGCAAUCAAGAGUUUGAUAAGAGCGGUAAAUAUUCUACCAAGAGUGGACAAUCAUUGUACAGUCAGCACCAAGAGAUGUGUGGCAUUCUUCAGCUUUCUGAUGAGGUCUUGGCUCACAACAUUUUGUCACGCUUGACACCAAGGGAUGUCGCAUCCAUUGGCUCUGUGUGCAGGAGGAUUCGUCAAUUAACGAAGAAUGAGCAUGUGAGGAAGAUGGUAUGUCAAAAUGCUUGGGGCAAAGAAGUGACCGGCACAUUGGAACUGAUGACCAAGAAGUUAGGAUGGGGCCGUCUGACUCGGGAGCUUACUACUCUCGAGGCUGUUUGUUGGAGGAAACUGACAGUUGGAGGCGCAGUGGAGCCUUCGCGCUGCAAUUUCAGUGCUUGUGCUGCCGGUAACAGGCUUGUAUUGUUUGGAGGUGAAGGAGUGGAUAUGCAGCCAAUGGAUGACACUUUUGUUCUAAAUCUUGAUGCUAAGAAUCCAGAAUGGCGCAGGGUUAGCGUGAAAUCAUCCCCACCGGGGCGGUGGGGCCACACGCUCUCAUGCUUGAAUGGUUCUUGGUUGGUGGUUUUUGGUGGAUGUGGCAGGCAAGGACUGCUCAAUGAUGUGUUUGUGCUUGAUUUGGAUGCUCAACAGCCAACAUGGAGGGAAGUCUGUGGCGGAACGCCGCCACUUCCUAGAUCAUGGCACAGCUCUUGCACAAUUGAAGGGUCCAAAUUGGUUGUCUCCGGCGGGUGCACCGAUGCAGGUGUGCUUCUUAGCGACACAUAUUUGCUGGACCUCACCACAGAUAAUCCAACAUGGAGGGAAAUUCCAACUUCCUGGGCACCUCCUUCUAGGUUGGGACACUCUCUCUCAGUCUAUGGGAGGACUAAGAUUCUCAUGUUUGGUGGACUUGCAAAGAGUGGACACUUGAGGCUAAGAUCAGGUGAGGCUUAUACAAUUGACUUGGAAGAUGAACAACCACAAUGGAGGCAACUAGAGUAUAGUGCAUUCACAGGGUUGGCUAGUCAAAGUGCUGUAGUUCCUCCUCCUAGGCUGGACCAUGUUGCUGUGAGCAUGCCUUGUGGGAGGAUCAUUAUAUUUGGAGGUUCAAUUGCUGGUCUUCACUCACCAUCUCAGCUAUUUCUGUUGGACCCUUCUGAAGAGAAACCAUCGUGGAGGAUCCUCAAUGUUCCAGGGCAACCACCAAAAUUUGCUUGGGGUCAUAGCACUUGUGUGGUUGGAGGGACGAGGGUGUUGGUGUUGGGUGGACACACUGGGGAGGAAUGGAUACUCAAUGAGUUGCAUGAGUUGUGCUUGGCAAGUCGACAAGACUCUGACCUGUGAAGGGCAUCUUCUCUCGAGACAAGAUUUUGGUUGCAAAAAACAAAGGUUUUGGGUGGGUUUUCUUUCGCAGUUUGGUUUUGUAUAUGAACUAUUAUAUGAUUGUUAUAUGACAUGACGUGUGUUUUACCAAUGUUUUUGAAUGUGAUGUCAUCUGGCUUAUCUACCGUCUAUGACACUAGGAAACAAAUCUCUGUACAUCAAAGAGUUAGGCUGUUGUAUCA